CAAUCAGUGUAUUUUUUCGCUUUCUGUCAGUUUUGUGAUUUUCGUUGUGUUGUGAUUUUUGUGGAAAGAAAUAUGUCAUUUAAUUUAAUAAAAACAGUGGAAAAUGGGCUCAUGUACGUGGAGGCUCUACCUUCCGGAUGGGAAGUUAAUGGGAUUUUGUCCUGGCCAACUUCUGGCAACAUUGAGCAUUUCAGAUCAAACGCAAAUUCCCUUCCAGGAGGAAACUGGAUUACUUGUCCAUGUGUGGUGAUGUCGACUCAUGAAACCUUCAGAGAAGCAAUUCACAUGGAGUGUCUUCCGGAAAUGCUGAGCACAGGACGUGAAGAUGAGAAAAUACGGUUCCUCAGAGAAGGCGCAAAAAGCAUUAUGGAUGCCCCGAAGGUCUCCCGAAGCCAGUAGGCUACAACAAGAUGAUAGCAGAGGUUUCCUCACAGCCUGAAAGUCAGACACAGGUUCAGUAAGACCCAAGAAGACACAGGAUUAACUUCUCAGUCGCAGAUUACUUCACGACACGUUGAAAACCUCGCAUAUCUUCAAAUUUCUUCUGGCUAAAUGCAUCUGGCUUCAGAAAAUUCUCCAAGUUUGCGAACUUCAGAUAUCUGAAGAUGACAGUGUUAUGACGCCUGACCAUCUUUUAAUGCUGGAGAGUUUCUGGAGAUUAAUUUUACUGCUCAUGGUGCACAGA